ACCAGGUAAAUGAUCUUGAACCCACUCUUUCCCACCAUUACCAUUCUUCCAGGUCUAACUUGAGCUAAAAGGCCUGCAAACAAGCUCAACCUGUGGGGGAAUCAUAUUUUUGUCUUCUUGUAUCAUCCCCACAAUCAGUGGUUGAAUUGUGAUCAGGCUGCCUACUCCUAGACCUGCUUUGCUCUAGCCUGGACCACAGAGCCUGAAGAGACCAGACAACUGAGUGAUCAAGAUUACCCAUUAACCAGCAUCACUGAUCAGCACAUCUUGCCGGAGCCAAUCAUACGGUGCACCAUCCCAGCCUGGCGAGAACUCCAGAUCCAACCCUGCUCAGUGACGCAGCCUGUACUCGAGCCAACCUCCUGAGUGACCCGGGUCUUGCACUCUUGUGACAUCUGACCAAUCUCUAGCCCAGCUGAAGCCAAUCUGCCUGAUCAGCAACCCUAACUGCCACCAUGAUAGGUGAGAUCUGUGCUGCUACAAAAUUCAUCUCUAAGUUCCUCAGCACCAAGGGCCUCAGGAGUGAACAACAGCUGCAGACCUUCAGACAGAGCCUGCAGGAUCUUCUGGCAGAACAUUACAAACAUCACUGGUUUCCAGAGAAGCCCUGCAAGGGAUCAGGCUACAGGUGCAUUCGCAUCAACCAUAAGAUGGACCCUCUGAUUGGACGGGCAGCCCAGCAGAUUGGCCUGAGCGGUCAAGAGUUGUUCAAGCUUCUGCCAAGCGAACUCACACUGUGGGUUGACCCCUAUGAAGUGUCCUACCGGAUUGGAGAGGAUGGCUCCAUCUGUGUGCUGUACGAAGCCUUGCCAGCGGCAGACAGUUCCCAAAGUGGCACCAGUGAGCAAACAGUAGACAGAAGAAUCAGUUGCAAGGAGAAAACUUUCUUGGUCAGAGCAAGCCCUUCUAAAAACUACAAAAUGAUGACUGUAUCGGGUUAAGAUACAGUUUACUGACAGCUCAUCUUAUAAUGGAGGGAUAAAUUUGAUUUUUGGUUUGGGUGGGAUCCUCUGGGGGAUGGAUUAUGGAAUUUAAACCAUGUCACAGCUGUGAAGAUCUAGCACAAGACAGAGUGGUAAUAUUUUUUAAGUGGUAAUAUUUUUUUUAAGUUUGGACAAUACCUUUCAAGGAUUUUCAAGUCUGUGAGUUCAAGAACACAAUUACUUUAUUUGUUAGAUAGGAAGUCCUAUGUUGGCUUCACUUUCUCCCAGACUUUAUAACUGUUGUCACAUCAGUCCCUUUAAGAAAAUUUGUAUUUACUUUA